AUGGAGUUGAAAAUGAUAAGCAAUGUAAAGCUAUGUGGGGUUUUUGUCACUGUGCUCGAGGAAGAAGAAACGACUCGCCAUGGCGUCGCAGGAGCAUAUCGAAAAGAUGCAGGCACGACAGAAUUACCGGAAUCUAUGGCACACCGAUCUCAUGAGAACCAUUCAGGCCGAUACUCCUUUAUUAAUAUAUUUUUUCUUUUCCAUCAUAGUGCUCCAUGUGUGUCUUACCUUCUUCGUAAACGAGCUCUUUAUGAUGACAUGUCAAGAUACACAUGUUGUGCUGGUUACAUGCCCUGCAGUGGUAGAUGUGGAGAAAGUAAAUGUCCUGAAUUUUGCCUUUGCACUGAGGUUUUCCUCUGCUUUGGAAACUCGGUUGCCUCAACUCGCUUUCUAUUGCAAGAUGAAUUUAACAUUCAAACUACGCAAUGUGAUAAUUGCAUUAUUGGUUUCAUGUUUUGCCUUCAACAAAUUGCAUGUAUAUUCUCUAUUGUUGCCAUGAUUGUGGGAAGCGAGGAAAUUCAAGAGGCUUCUCAGUUGCUAUCUUGUUUGGCCGACUUUGUAUACUGCACGGUCUGCGCAUGCAUGCAGACUCAGCACAAGAUUGAAAUGGACAAGCGUGAUGGGAAAUUUGGACCCCAACCAGCAAUGGCAGUGCCCCCUGUUCAGGAGAUGUCACGCAUUGAUCAACAAGUUCCUCCUUCUGUUGGGUAUGCACCACAACCUGCAUAUGCACCACAACCAGCUUAUGGACAGCCCUAUGGUUAUCCACCUGCCCCACCACCUUCUCAAGGGUAUCCCGCUCCUGCUUACCCCUCUACUGGUUAUCCCCCUGCUGCCUAUCCUCCCCCUGCUGCCUACCCUCCCCCAGGGUAUCCCCCUUCUGGCUACCCUAAGUGA